AUGAAGAGUAACUACUCUCCAGAAGCGAUCAAAAGAGUAGGGGUUAUCGUUACACUUGCUGGAAUCAACUUUCUAAAUACUAUGGGAUCCGGUAUUCUCAUUGCAGCAUUGCCAAGAAUUGCAAAAGAUCUCAACAUUCCAGACGGUCUCAUACUAUGGCCUGCCGCUGUAUAUGCACUUGCCGCUGGUUGCCUACUCCACGUCUUCGGUUCGGUGGCCGACAUGAUUGGUCCCAAGAAGUUAUGGAUCACUGGAAGUUUUCUUUUCGCGGUGUUCACUAUCGCUGUUGGGUUUGCAUCAAGCGGCAUACAGAUCAUCAUAUUUCGAACCUGUCUAGGUGUGGCGAUCGCCAUGUGCUUACCGACCACAACAAGUCUCAUCACUAAUACCUUCAUGAGGGGUCCUUGGAGGACGACGGCAUUCGCCAUGAGCGGAAUGGCUCAACCACUGGGUUAUGCGCUAGGCUUAGUACUUGGAGGUGUCUUUACUGACACUAUAGGGUGGAGAUGGUCGUACUAUAUCAUGGCUAUGAUUAACUUCUGCAUCUCUUUGGUGUCUAUCUGGUCGCUGCCUAAUGUCGAGCAUGCGUCAAAGAAAACAUGGAAGAAACAAUUACGAGAGGAUGUCGAUUGGGUGGGUGUCAUUGCCUUAAGCGUCGCCCUUGCAUUGUUACUAUAUGUCCUCGCCAUGUUGACGUCGAGUUAUCGGAACAUCUACGAGUCUUCCAAUAUAUGCCUCCUCACUCUCGCACUUUUGAUGCUUUCAACUUUUCCAUUCUGGAUGUACAUACAAAACAAGCGAGGACGACCGGCACUUAUACCUAAUAGACUAUGGCGUGAAGCCGCAUUCACAGGCUCGUGCCUUGCAGUCUUCUUCUGCUGGGCCUCGCUUAACGGCAUCGAAUACUUCACCACACUAUACUUCCAGCAAAUCCAAGGGCUUCCUGCAUUACAGUCGUCAGUUCGAUACUUCGCGCAGAUCGUGGUUGGCACAUCUACAAAUGUCGCACUCGUCUAUCUCAUACCCCGGAUUAAGGUGCUGACGCUUACCACGGUGUCUGCAUGCAUUACACUUGUGUCACCCGCCAUCAUGGCGACUGCUUCAUUGGACGCACCUUAUUGGACCGGUGGCCCUUUCUGGGCCUUGCUGCUCUGUCCUGUCAACCCUUGGGUAUUGUUCAGCGUAUGUAACCUUGUCAUAUCCGAUGCGUUCCCCAUGGAGCUACAGUCACUGGCCGGCAGCGUCUUCAAUGCAGUUGCUCAAUUCGGCAACUCUGUCGGACUGGCAAUGACGGCGACUAUUGCUGCGUCUGUGACCGAGCAUUCAAGUAGCACUGAUGCUAAAGUCGCGUUGAUGGAUGGAUUUCGGGCUGCAUUUUGGACAAUCUUUGCUAGCACAGCCAUCGUGCUGAUUGUGAGUUCUAUUGGCCUGCGACGCGCUGGUAUUGCAGGCCAAGCUGAGGAGGAUGCACAGGCCGAAAUAUUGAGAGGCGAGUCCGUUUAG